UGUAGGACUACUUUUGCAAGAUACUCCUGAAAGCAUGUUCUGAAUGACUUAUGCAACAGAAGGACUAGUGUAAAUACAACAAUGUACUUCCUGUUAAUUCUAUAUGUGGCUCUUCUUCAUGCCUGGUUUUGGAAAAGUCCAGUUGUAACGAAGGCCUCGGCGGUGGACAAAGGCGGUUCUGGCAGUGGACAGACCAGUGAAGAUAAGAACAUUGCUGGUGUUGUGGCAGAAUUCAUUGAUAAAGCCAGCGGGAUCCAGGAAUUUGUGCAGAACUUGGACCAGAACCCAACUGUGAAUAGGAAUAACGCUGUCACAGGGAGGACAUUUGGCAUCUCUAAGAAGGUUGGCCUUUCCAAGUCAGGGGAGAGUGGAGUCUCCCUGCUGCAAAUUAUUGGAAACACAUCACCUGAAGAUAUCACCCGUGUGGCAGGUCCAAAUAGCCAAACUGCAUACCUCUUUAAAAAGGACACUAGCACAGGGCAGAUGGCACGUGCCCACCUGCCCAGCCCCUUCUACCGAGACUUCUCUCUCAUCUUCCACUUAAAGCCCACCUCUGAAGAUGCUGGGGUGGUAUUCUCCAUCGUUGAUUCUAAUCGAGAGAUCAUGUGUGUUGGGGUCAAGCUCUCAGCUGUGGAGAAUGGCAAAAGGGAAGUCCUUUUUUAUUACACAGAGCAAGAUUCGGAUGAAUCUCGAGAGGUGGCUAGUUUCGAGGUGCCACACAAGCCUAAUGAGUGGAGCCGUUUCUCUCUGGCUGUGAACCUAGACCAGGUGACUUUUUAUGAGGAUUGCGAUACUGAGCCAAAGGUGGUUAAGUUUGAGCGCUCACCCAAUGACAUGGAGCUGGAUAUAAACUCUACGAUCUUUGUGGGACAAGGUGAACCUGGUAACCCAGACAAAUUCCAGGGCAUGAUCUCAGAGUUACGGGUGGUUGGAGACCCACGGUCUGCAGAGCGUCAUUGUGAUGAAGCUGAUGAUGAUGAUGAUGACUAUGAUGGUUCUGGGGACAAUGGGAGUGGAAUAUUGGACAGAACCGAGACGGGACGUAAUGAAGAAGUUCUACAUCCCCUGCCUCCACCACCUGUUUCAACAGGUGACUCUAGUGCUGAAGGAAAUAAAAGUGUGAGUGGAGAAGAAGUGGACCAAGGAGGCCAGGUCCUCAAAGUGUCAAAAGGAGACUCUGUGGCUUGUGAGACUUCAGACUUGAUCUCUAGCACAGGUGGAAUCUGUGGAGAGAAGAGUAAUACUGGGUGUGGAUCUCCUGGCCCCAAAGGUGAUCGAGGCCCUCCAGGACCGGCUGGGCCGCCUGGUCCCCAGGGUCCAGUAACGGACUUGAUAGACACUGGGGAUAGAAUGGUGCAGAGGGUGCAGGGUCCAAUGGGCCCACCUGGGCCACCAGGUCAAGAGGGCCCACCCGGUCCCCCUGGCUCAGAGGGGAAACCAGGUGAUCCAGGAGAGGACGGUAAACUUGGACCUGAAGGACCUCGUGGUUUUCCAGGAACACCUGGUGUUGUAGGACCUAAAGGGCAGAAGGGACAGAAAGGGGAUGGACAGCAGGGCCCAAGAGGUCCACCAGGGCCACCUGGACCUCCUGGACCCUCAAUCUCAGACAGGACCACCUUUGUGGAUAUGGAAGGUUCUGGAUUGUUGCCGGGUCUACGUGGACCUCGUGGUCCCCCUGGUCCACCUGGGCCCCCAGGACCCAGUGGAGGAUCAGGAUUUGGAUCUAAUGGAGCUGACCCAACUGCAGAAAAUGGGGCCACUGGCCAUCCUGGUCCCCCAGGUCGACCUGGAAUUCCUGGUGCUCCUGGCCCCCCAGGUCCCCCAGGUCAAAAGGGUGACUGUGGUACCCAUGGCUUGCCUGGAGAUGCAGGGGAAGAGCAAAGUUCUUCCUCCACUGUCACUUCUUUUUUCUCCAAUUGGUUGCCUUCCUGGGGGAUUGAUUGGGCACAGGGUUCUUCAGGGAUGUCAAGGCAGGAAGGGCUGGCUGUACUCCCUGGGCCCAGAGGACCUCAGGGUCCCCCAGGACCUCCUGGACCCCCUGGACCUGCCUUCAGAGUCACUCCUGAUGGAGAAGAAAAAGAAGUUGCUCUUCAGUACAUUCCUGGUGUCAUGGGGCAACCAGGUCCACAGGGACCUCAGGGGUUACCUGGACUACCUGGUAAAGCUGGUUUCCCAGGUAUUCCAGGGCAGAAAGGCGAUGAAGGGGCAAGAGGGCGAGAUGGAAUUCCAGGGUUAGAUGGCUUCCCUGGAGGAAUAGGGCUAAAAGGGGAAAGAGGAUGGAAAGGUGACAAAGGUGAGCCUGGUCAUGUACAAGGGCCUCCAGGGCCACCAGGACCACCUGGUCCUCCUGGACCACUUAUGUAUAUUAAUGGCAGUCAGGAUGGAGUGUAUGGAAUUCCAGGACCACAGGGUCCACCUGGUAUAGCUGGCCAGGCAGGAAUCCCUGGGCCAAUGGGACCAAAAGGUGACCGGGGCGCACAAGGACCACCAGGAGACUCUAUCAAGGGUCAGAAGGGUGAGCCUGGAUUGAUGCCUGAAUCAAGUGGUAACCCCAUUUACACUGGACUGGCUCGACAGCUGGGUGAUCCAGGACCUCCAGGACCACAGGGACCUGUGGGACCUGUUGGGCCAGCUGGAUUAAAAGGUGAAAUAGGACUUCCAGGCAGACCAGGUCGACCUGGCUUGAAUGGUAAAAAAGGGGAAAAAGGUGAUUCAGGCUCCGGUGGAGGAUAUGGUUAUGGCUACCCGGGUCCCCCUGGCCCACCUGGGCCACCCGGUCCUCCUGGACCCCCAGUUUCUGUGGACAGAUAUAAUGGUUAUGAUAGCAGUUCAAGGUUUCCCUAUGCUAUAAAAGGAGACAAGGGGGAAAGAGGAGCUCCAGGCAUCCCUGGCUUGCCAGGUCUCACUGCCAACUUUGACAUUUAUGCAUUAAAGAAUGAGUUAAAAGGGGAACAAGGUCCUAAAGGAGAGAAGGGAGAACUGGGAGGAGGUUAUCACAAUUCUCCUUAUGGUGCAAUUCAGGGCCCUCCUGGAAGACCUGGACCACCCGGUCCAAGAGGAGAGUCUAUUAGUGGACCUCCAGGUCCCCCUGGACCUCCUGGAGCCCCAGGAAUCGGUAAUGACGGUCGUCCAGGUAAUCCUGGCCCACCAGGUCCACCUGGACCAUCAGGAUCAUCACUGCCAGGUUCAUACAGACCCUCACAAACCAUCAGUUUUCCUGGGCCACCUGGACCACCUGGUCCUCCCGGACCCCCUGGACAGUCAUCUGGGGUGAUUGUUUUGAGGUCUUUUGGCACCAUUGCUGCUACUCGGCAGCAACCAGAAGGCACGCUGGUCUAUGUAAUAGACAACGGAGAUCUUUAUAUGAGAGUACAGGAUGGCAUCAGACAAAUCAUGCUUGGAGAAUAUACCCCAUUUCCUAGGGAUCUGGAUUACCAGGUGGCAGCAGUGGAUCCUCCCCCAGUGGUUCACUACUUUCAGGACUACACUACAGCCUCUCCCCCAUGGGCCCCUCAUCAACCAGAGGCUCAGUACCCUGUGCCACCUGAUCCCAGAUACCAACCAUCUCAUGACCCACGAUACCAUGGCCAGACAGAUCCACGCUACUUAUUUCCAACUGAUUCCAGACACUCUGAUUCACGAUACUCUCCAUCAACCGACCCAAUCUACCAGGGCUAUCCUGAUCCCAGACAUCCCCUUCACAGCAGCCACACAGAUCAGUCUGGUUAUCCUGACAGGAGAUAUCCAAGUACACCAUAUCACAGACCUACCAUUCAAGAGACUAAGCCUCCAGGCCACACACAUACAUCAGGCCCUGCGCUGCACCUGAUCGCCCUCAACUCACCUCAACAGGGCGACAUGCGAGGUAUAAGAGGUGUAGACCACCAGUGCUUCUCACAGGCACAAGCCAUUGGGUUUAAAGGAACUUUCAGGGCUUUCCUAUCAUCACGAUUACAGGAUCUGUACAGUAUUGUUCGAAAAAAUGACAGAGAUCGGCUUCCAAUAGUAAAUCUUAAAGAUGAAGAAUUAUUCAGUGACUGGGAAUCCAUCUUUAGUGAAUCGGAGGGUAAAAUGAGAAAUAAUGCACGCGUCUAUUCGUUUGAUGGUCGAGAUGUUCUCAACGAUGAUGCCUGGCCAGAGAAGAUGGUAUGGCAUGGAUCAAGCACUCGUGGUCACAGGCAGACAGACAGCUACUGUGAGACGUGGCGAACAGGUAGUCAUGCCGUCACUGGUAUGGCUUCUUCUCUUCAAGACGGCUACUUGCUUCAGCAGUUACCACGUGGCUGCACGAGCUCUUUUGUCGUACUGUGCAUUGAAAACAGUUACAUUGCUAAAUGAAUCAGAACCUCUGCCAAGCAAAAUGUGUCUGAAGAGAACAAACACUAAGUCACACCUCAACAAAUUGAAACAUGAUAUGUUUGAUGUUUAUCUAAAUGUAUUUUAAGAUUUAAACUUGCACAAUUUUAUUAUUUCCUAUCAACCGCUGUGUGACAACCAUGUAUGUAGGUGCAUUAGAUCACAGUUUCAAAACUAACAUCCUAUGGCAAAACUUUUUGUGAAUUAAAUGUUCACUAUACUGUUUUCACUUUUCAAACAGAGCUAAAUGGUGCUUUAACCCUUGUGCGACCUUCAGGACAUUUUUGUCUUUUUCAUUUUUGUUUUUUCGAUCAUUUUGGCUGUUAAUGCCAACAGCAUACAUUUUGGGGAAUUUUGAUAUUUCAAGCUCAGUUCCUAUAAUACAUCUAUAAUACACUGUGUACACACAAUAGUUACACUCAGGACCUUCAGGACAAAAAUGUCCCCAUUGAAACCCAUUAAAACUGCAAUAUUUGAUCCCAGUGCCAUUAAAGCAUAAAAUCAUGAAUUCUAUGAUAUUAUGUUUUUAUUCUGGAGCCCUAGAUUCAAAAUUUACAUUUUAAUAUUUUCCACCAGAUGGCGCCAUUUUUCUCAUGUUUAGCCUAUGGAGCAAAUACAAGCUUUUUCCCUAUUCUCUGUUAUUCGCUGUAUUAUAGAGCACUGCAGGACAACUGAAUAAAUGAUGCAGAUAAAAUUGUGUGUGUGUGUUGGUAUGGAUGUCAGAGUGUGUUUUGUAUGUAUUGAGAAAUGUGUGUGUGUGUGUGUGUGUAAAAAACAACAGUGGCAUUAUGGAAACAAACUGGCAUUUAAAGGGUUAAAAUCCUGAAAAUGAAUGAAUAUUUGUUAGUUAUGAUCAGGACUGAUGUUGGUUAAAAAAUUAACUCAUUGAAAGUGGAAAAUAAUAUUAAUAUAUAAUAUUUUUAUGGCAGUUUUUCGAUGCGGACAUUUUUGUCCUCGAAGGACCUCUGAGUAACUUUAAUUUAUUGACGCACAAGGGUUAAAUAAGAGCCUUACGAUAUACUGCCAAAGAAAAUGUCAACAUUAUCACUCUUUAGUAACUAAUUCUCUUUAACUAGUAUUUUAUUCUCAUGAUUGUUUUCAUUCACAUUUGCAUUAAAACAAAUCUGGAACAUUUGUCAAUUGUUACACUUUGCAAAUAUAUAUAUUUUUUUAAUAAUUUUAUAUUGAUUUUAAAUAUAACAUUUUUAACAAUAGCAAUUUAAGAAACAUUCCAUGACUGCGUAAGUACAUAAUGACAGGCUGUCUAAACUAUUAAUCAAAAGAACUAAAUCAUGUUUUUGGUUUGGUUUAGUUUAUUUUCUAAGCAUCAGCAGAAUUAAAAUGUAAAGGACUCCAUCAAAUCGCUUAAGCACAUUUUUCUUUCCUGCGAUGACAUACAGUGUUUCCUACAGAAAAAGUUCUUAUUUAAUAGACAACAGGCUUUAGUUUACAUCAAAGCUGUGAACCAUUACUUGUUACAUGCUAUUGCAAGUCAGAAGUUGGUCUUAUUAUACUAAAUGCAUAUUUCUGGUAAAAGUUCUGUUUGUCAACUUUAUGGAGAGCACUGACAUUUGACUCAAAUCCACAAGACUUUAAUUUUGAUUUCAUAAGAGAGUUGUGGCCCACUUAGGUUCUCAAAGAAUCAUGUCAUUGCAAUAUGCAGUUGAUAUACAUUGUGAAAACCUCUUAAAAAAAAAAAAAAAAGUGUAAUUUUAGGACUAUAAUCCAAACCAAGUUCAAUAGCCUCUUGCCUGUUGUACUUACUCUACAUUUAACACUGUAAUUGUUUUUUAUAUGACCACUACAAACAUGGGAGCAAUUAUUGUUACUGUAUUUUCAAUGGAACUUAUACCAAUAAAUGAACACCAUUUCUAAUACUAA